UCCCCGGGCGGUGAUGGCGCGCGCGGGCGCCGGGAAGCGGGCGCCGUUGUAGCGGACUCAGCGGCGGGCCUGCAGCGGCCCCAGCGCCCAUUGCGCGCCAUGGCCCCCAUGGGCAUCCGCCUGUCCCCGCUGGGGGUGGCCGUGUUCUUCCUGCUGGGGCUCGGGGUGCUCUACCACCUCUACUCGGGCUUCUUGGCCGGCCGCUUCAGCCUCUUCGGCCUGGGCGGCGAGCCGGCGGGCGGCGCGGCCGAGGCGGCCGCCGAUGGGGGCGCGGUGGACUUGCGCGAGAUGCUGGCCGUGGCGGUGCUGGCGGCCGAGCGCGGCGGCGACGAGGUGAGGCGGGUCCGCGAGAGCAACGUCCUCCACGAGAAGUCCAAGGGGAAGACGCGCGAGGGUGCCGAGGACAAGAUGACCAGCGGCGACGUGCUGUCCAACCGCAAGAUGUUUUACCUGCUCAAGACGGCCUUCCCUAACGUGCAGAUAAAUACUGAGGAACAUGUGGAUGCAUCUGACAAGGAGGUCAUUGUGUGGAAUCGUAAGAUUCCUGAGGACAUCCUGAAGGAAAUAGCUGCUCCUAAGGAGGUACCUGCAGAAAGUGUGACUGUCUGGAUUGACCCGCUUGAUGCUACACAGGAAUACACAGAGGAUCUUCGAAAGUAUGUCACUACCAUGGUGUGUGUAGCUGUGAAUGGCAAACCUGUGCUAGGAGUUAUUCAUAAGCCAUUUUCUGAAUAUACAGCUUGGGCAAUGGUAGAUGGUGGUUCAAAUGUGAAAGCCCGUUCUUCCUACAAUGAGAAGACCCCAAAGAUCAUUGUGUCUCGCUCUCAUGCUGGGAUGGUCAAACAGGUUGCUCUGCAGACCUUUGGAAACCAGACAUCAAUCAUCCCAGCUGGUGGUGCUGGUUAUAAAGUUUUAGCACUCUUGGAUGUGCCUGAUAUGAGUCAAGAAAAAGCAGAUCUAUAUAUUCAUGUGACAUACAUCAAAAAGUGGGAUAUAUGUGCUGGCAAUGCCAUCCUAAAAGCCCUUGGAGGGCAUAUGACCACUCUGAGUGGUGAAGAGAUCAGUUAUACUGGGUCUGAUGGUAUUGAAGGGGGACUCCUUGCUAGCAUCAAAAUGAACCACCAAGCUCUGGUCAGAAAACUCCCAGAUUUAGAAAAGUCAGGACAUCAAUAAGCAUUCCUGACCACAGGGUGCAACUUUUCCAGGGGUAAAUUGUUCAGCCUGAACUGUUGGAAGCUUCAAAGGACUGGUGGAGACUAUGCAUGGUUAAGGCCAUCCUGAACUUAGGAAGUACUUAUGAAGCAUCAGAGACUUACUUUCCCUGUAAUAGGACGCAAAAUCAGGGAAAUUAGGUUGCUUCAUUUCUCAAGUAUUGUCUUUAUUUUUGAGACUAUUUUCAUACAGUUGUCAUACACAAGGCACAUAUAUAUAUGUAUAUAUAUAUUUGUGGAUUAAAAUCUAGAGCUGAGUCUACACUGUUAUGAGUCACCAUUUUCACUCAACAAGUGAUGAGUCUGCACUGUUGAUACUUUCAUAUAGAAUUGGGUUUGAGGAAGGCUUGGUUUUAUGUAGAUGUUUAGUGUAACUUUGAGGUUGUAUCUUAUUGAAAAUAAAGUCAUUGGUGAUUUUUACUCCUCAGAUGGAAAGCACAAGAAGUCUCAUAUUCUUAAUAUGCAACAAGUGCUCUGUUCAUCUACCAUUUCUAUGGAUUUAGUAGAAAAGGCUUAAGUAGUUUAUUUUCUUUGAAAUUUUACUAACAGAUUCACCAGCUGAUAGAAAAUAUAGACAAAUGAUGAACUGCAUUAUAAUUGGAA